AGAUCCAGAAUCUACCACUACUGGUAGAGAUGGUGUGCCCUCAGAAGCUCUAUAAAAGUCACUUGUUCUGGACAUCUACAUAGCAUCAGAAAAUCGUUCCUCCGGCUAGAUUUUAUAAAUUAUUUAUAUACAUAUUCUGAAAUUCGUUUCUCACACCGUACUAAUAUUUGAUUUAUUUCACUGUUGUGCAAUAUGCUUCCAAGGGACAUUCCGUCUACGUAUGAAGUAUUAAAUAAAAAUCUUUAUAAAUUAGGGUUAUUUCAUUUUUAAGAUGUAUCAUCUGCUUCAAUCCUUGUGAUAACGACGAUUUUCGGAGUGGUGAUUGUUUGGAAGUGAUUAAAGUUUCUUCGAUAAAUAUAUUUUUCUAAUUAUGAAGCUCGUACGCUUUCUCAUGAAAUUAAGUCACGAAACCGUGACAAUUGAAUUGAAAAAUGGAACUCAGGUACAUGGAACAAUAACAGGUGUUGAUGUUGCAAUGAAUACACAUUUGAAGGCUGUCAAGAUGACUGUGAAAAAUAGAGAUCCUGUGCAGUUAGAAACUUUGAGUAUUCGUGGCAAUAACAUUCGUUAUUAUAUACUUCCGGAUUCAUUACCUUUGGAAACUCUUCUCAUUGAUGAUACUCCGAAAGCCAAAGCUAAGAAGAAGGAAGCAGCAAGAGGUGCUGCUCGUGGAAGAGGACGUGGUCGUGCACGAGGAAGGGGACGAGGCAGAGGACGUGGUAGACGUUAAUACCUGUAUGCGUGUGCAUUACAAGAUGCCAAUUGGGAGUUUUUUAUUAAACUUUUAUAUAAUGUGUUUUUCAAAAGAAUUUCUUUUUGCAAUAGAAGUGAUAUUGAGGGUCAGUUUUUAAAAGUGGAGUGCAUUUCAAACAAGUAUUAUUUGGGAAUGGUGAAAUUGACAUGCAAUUAGGCAUUUGCAUUUUUUAUCAAUUACAGUUAAGAAACCACACAGAAAUUUUCUGUGCUAUGCAGAGCCAGCAAAAGGACUUUCUGUGGCACCCUGCAAAGUGUGAAUACAGACCUAUUUAUCUCCAGAAAUAAUUUUUGUUUCAGUGUACAAAUAUUUUAUAUCAGAAAGGUUCAUCAUUCAUAAGAAGUAUGUAUGACUAAAGGUCAUCAAAUUCCCAUUUUGUUUUCUUUACCAUAAUUGGUUAUAAACUUAAUUUUAGAAAUAUUUGAAUCGGAACAAGUUUCAAUACCUACUGUAAUUUUCUUGUUACAGCACUUGUACAUAAGAGUAUUCAUUUGACAGGGCCAUAAUGAAAGUUUCAGCAUUAGUUUAAACCACUGGUUUGUGAAAGUUUAUGAAAAUUAAUACUGAACUGAUGGGCCAUCUGUGUCCAAUAACCUUAUUUAAAGGAAUUACAAUUUUUCAGAAAGAGAUUGAAAACCAAAUGUUUAGUAGAAGAGAUACAGUAUCAAAGGAGAUGUAAAGAGUGUUUACAGAGAGUGAAUAAUAACAGAUUUCCAAAAUUAAUCUGGAAGUAGAAACCAAUAGGGAUCAGAGGAAGGAAGACCACUGAGGAGGUGGCAACAGCAGGGACACUAGGAAGACAAAAUCUACCAAGAGUACUGUAAUAAACCAAUAGAAACUGGCUGUAAAGUCUAAUUUCUGGUCAGCUCUUGAUGAUGAUGAAACAUUUUCCAGAACCCCUGAUAAGGUCUCCAGGAGCUGCAUUUGUUGCUGUAAUCUUCAUGUCCUGGUGGCAUAUUUCUGUUUUUAUGCUAUAAACCUCUUUGAGUUAUGAAUAUUGAAAAAAAAAAAGCUGUAUGGUAACAUAUGAAAGUGUUCAGAUUUUCGUGCAAUCCUGGGAACGUGGCCUCAACGUCUAAAAUUACCUAAUGAUCAAACUUGUCUUUCUGUUACAACUGUGUGAAAGUUUCUAAGGAUUUGUAUGAUCUGAAUGUUUGUGUGUCACUCUAUUAUUUGUAUUAAUUGUGAUAUAGCUUACUAAAUAGAAAAAAUUUUAAUUAAUUCUUUACAUGUACCAUAUUCCUAGUUCCAAAAUAGGAUUUUCUUCUUUAGUUGUUUUAGUCUUAAAAUGGCAUGAAUCACUGGUUUCUUAGUCAAAAUUCAUGCAUGGUGGUAAAAGAAAGCAAGUACAGUCGACGCCAGUUAUAGGUAACUUCUGGGAACUACCAUUUUUUGUUAACUAUAUCCGAGAUCGUCAAAUUAAAUUUUUUCCACAACGAUUUUAUUGAUAUAGAUAUACUGCAAAAUACAUUUGCAACACAAAUUGAACAUCUCAUUUGCAUUUUUUUUCUUAAAACAUCAAUUGUUUUCAAUUCUUGCUGCAAACUUUUUUCAUUAGUUAUUUGUCUAGAUCCUUCUUCAGAAUUUGUGCACUCUCCAUAGUUGAUUCUGCAUUGCCCACUAUCUCUUAGUAUCAUAUUGUAGUCAUCGCAGUAGUUGUCACUGAUCAGCGUCAUCUCAUUCAAAUUUUCUGUGUUUGACACGUGUUCUCAUCUAAGACAAUCAACACUAUCCUAGUUUUUAAUAAAUUACUUACAGU